AUCCUGACCGACCUGCUCAUCUUCUGCACGCCCUUUGCGCUCGUCCACUCCGUCGGCGGCUUCGGCGCCGUGCUGGGCGCGCUUGUUCGCACGUCUGUCGUGACGCUCUUCCACUCCUCCAUUGUCUCCCUUGCCAAGCUGUUCCUCGACCCCUUCUCGAACGAGGCGCCGCUGCCUGCCGCUACUGCAGCCGCCCUGAUGAUGAAUGAUCGUGGCAUUAACGCGGCGACGCUGCUCCAGGAGACCAACGUCGGCUCCGAGCGGUGGCGAAGGGGCGGCGGCUGGAUGCCGGAGGCCACCCGGCCGGUGGGGCGGGCGCAGCAGCCAGACGAGCCAACCGCGUCGCCGCGGCACGAGGGGCAUGAGCGGCCCGCGUCGGGAGGGAACCCGCAGCCCGCGUCCGAGGCGCUGCAGGAGCUGCAGGGCGGGGGUUAUGCGCUGGAGCGAUUCUAA